UCCACAUUUUCUCCCGCCGGCGAAGAGAGACGAAGUUAGAGAGAGAAGACAAAGAAGAGCGGCCUCGUACUCUGAAUUCUGAGUAAAGGAAUUUUCCAGGAAGGGAUACUGAUGGAAGCAGGAUCAGAAUCUCAAAGAUGCUAUGAACAAAGACCAGAGGCUCUAGGGUUAAUCCUUAGCAGAGUGUCUCUCCAAGAUGGGGUGAGUGAACCUCAUUUCUGUCACGAGAUAGACCUUAUGAAAUGGAGCAACUGUCCCCAGCAGCCCGACCAACUAGAUCGAAUCGUCCAGAUGCUCGUCACCAGAAUCUCUGGUUCCAUCGGCACCCUCUGUGUUUCUGGUCUCCAAUCUGACUCCAUCUUCACUUUAAUUGCACAAAAUGCGAGCUGUCUCCGAACUCUGAGAAUUCCCAAGAGCAGCUUGAGUGAUUUCAUGAUGGAACAGCUUGCAGGAAGGCUUCCGAUGAUUUCUUUCUUAGAUGUGAGCUACUGUAUGAACUUAAGUGCCCGUGGACUUGAGGUGGUUGGAAAGAAUUGCACCCUUCUGGAAGGGUUGUGCAGGAACAUGUAUCCAUGGCACACUGGAGAUCAUGAUGAGCCUUCAAGAGAUAAUGAAGCAAUGGCGAUUGCUUCCACAAUGCCUAAACUCAAGCAUCUUGAAAUUGCUAGCCAUUGGAUGACCACAGAAGGUGUUCAUAAGAUACUCUGUGCUUGUUCGAAGCUUGAAUAUUUUGACAUGUGGGGGUGUGAGAAUGUAGAAGCUGGAAAAUUGGGUCUGCACAAGUUCCCAAAACUCACGGUAUGGGGGCCGCGUGCUUACAACUGUUUUGAUGGAGGAGACAAUCCAUCAGAGGAAAUGGAUAUAGAAUGAACAUGGUAUAACUUCCAUCAGAGGAAAUGGAAAUGGAACGUGGUAUAUCAAGGUAUAUGAGGAUCUCACCCGGCAACUCAUGGCUGGUGGCAUGGGAAAAUAUUGUAAUUAUGAAAUUAAGUUAUGCCUUCUGCGGAGAACAGAAGCGAUGGGGAUCAAGAGACGAAGGGAAGAAGAAAAGAUGGAAGCAGCGUUGGAACAUCGAAGGUGGGGUGAAUUAUCACCGGACACACUGGGGCUAAUCUUUAGCAAGGUUUCGAUCCAGGAGAGGGUGACGGUGAUCCCCAGGGUCUGCAAAUCUUGGGCCAAAGCAGUGACUCAACCUCAGUGCUGGCAAGAGAUCGACCUUUUGCGAUGGACCUGCCAUCGCCGGUUACGUUGCUGCAGCCGGCAGACCAACUGGAAAGAAUGGUCUGGAUGCUCGUCACCAGAAGCCCUGGUUCCCUCCGCACCCUCGGUGUUUAUGGUCUCCAAUCUGAGUCCAUUUUCACCUUCAUUGCCGAAAAGUACGCAUAUUUUGCUCAUCUUUUGAUAUGUUCAUUGCUGUCUAGAUUAACAUAUUUAACUUUUGAUUUGAUUCUUAUGGUUUUCGAUUGACAUGGUUUUCUUUGAAGGUAUUUUCUUAAUGUUAAGACCAGAAUACAAGGUGAAAUGCUAAAGUUCCUCAGAAUAUUAUGUUGUUUUCUUUCUUUUUCUUUCCUCCCCCCCCCCCCCCAAAAAAAAAAUUGGGACUGAUUAUUUAGUCCUUCUUAUAUGUGUUUCCUUGGGUCAUGCAAGUGCGGGCUGUCUCCGGACUCUGAUAAUCCCUGGGAGCAAAAUCAGUGAUUCCAUAAUUGAACAGAUUGCCGGUAGUUUGUCGUCGGUUAUUGUCUUAGACGUGAGUUUUGUAUGAACAUGGGUGCAUUUGGAGUUGAGUUGAUAUGAAAGAACUGCAAGCUGCUGGAAAGGCUACACAGGGAGAUGGAUCAGUAUGAUACUGGAGAUGAGCCUCCAAGAGACGAUGAAGCUAUGGCGAUUGCCUUCACGAUGCCCAAUCUGAAGCAUCUUAUUAUUGGUGGCCAUUCAAUCACCACAGAGGGUGUUUGUAAAAUAUUAGGAGCUUGUUCAAAGGUUGAGUACUUGAGACUCUGGCAUUGCUCGAAGGUUAAAGGUGAAAGCUUGGUUCUGAC